GGCAUGGCCCACGGUCCCCAGCGCCGGCCGGCUCUGGGUUCCAGGAGAACUGCACGAUCCUCGGGGAGCUGGUGAGGCUGCAGGGCCAGAAGUCCUGCCUGCUGGGGUUCAGCACGCGUGCCGACUCCGUGCUGGAGAUGAACAUGGCCAAGACCAGCCAGGUGGUGGCCACUUUCCUAGAUGAGCUGGCCCAGAAGCUGAAGCCCCUCGGGGAGCAGGAGCCCGUGAUCCUGGAGCUAAAGAAGGCCGAGUGCCAGAGGCGGGGCCCGCACUUUGACGGGCCCAUCAACGCCUGGGACCUGCGCUACUACAUGAACCAGGGGGAGGAGACGCGCUACCGCGAGGACCAGUACCUGCUCAAUGAGUCCUUCCCCACGCAGGUGGUCACGCGCGGGCUGCUGGGCAUCUCCCAGGAGCUGCUGGGGCUGACCUUCCACCUGGAGGAGGGCGCCAACGUGUGUCACGAAGACGUGAGGCUCUACACGGUCCGGGACGCGGCCUCGGGCAAGGUCAUCAUCGGCAAGUUCUACCUGGACCUCUACCCUCGGGAAGGGAAGUCCGAGCACGCGGCCUGCUUCGGCCUGCAGCCGGGCUGCCUGCAGCAGGAUGGGAGCCGCCAGAUCGCCAUCGUGGCCAUGGUGGCCAACUUCACCAAGCCCACGCCCGACCCGCCCUCCCUGCUGCAGCACGAUGAGCUGGAGACCUACUUCCACGAGUUCUGGCAAGCGAUGCACCAGCUCCGCUCCCAGGCCUCUUCAACCUGCGCCAGAUCGUCCUGGCCGAGGUGGACCAGGCCCUGCACACGCAGACGCCCGCGGACCCGGCCCAGGAGAAUGCCUGCCUCUGCCAGGAGAUCCUCGGGGGCCCAGCCAUGCCAGGUGGCCAAGCGCGAGCCGGGCCCACCUUACCUGGAAGAGGCAGGAGAGGGCUUCAUAGCCCGGACGGAACGCGUCGACGAGGUUUGCCCGUGCGUGUCGGUGCGGACACGCGGUUCACUCCCUCGUGAGCGCUUUAACCCGCGCUCUCCCCGUGCUGGAGGGCGAGCCCUGACUCAUCCCUCGGAGCCUCGGCAGCUGACCUUAGCGGCCAGGGGGCCGGGCAGGAGCCUCUCCGCGUGUGUCCCAGGGACCCACCUGCCUGCGACCUUCGGCCGCCUGACAGGAAGAUACAGCGCCCAGUCCUAUGGCUACCUGUGCAGCGAGGUGUACUCCGCGGACACGUUCCACACACGCUUCAAGCAGGAGGGCGUCCUGAGUGGCAAGGUUGCCAUGGACUACAGAAGCUGCAUUCUGAGGCCAGGCGGCUCCAAGGAUGCCAAGGGCAUGGUGAAGCACUUCCUGGGUUGCGACCCCACGCAGGAUGCCUUCCUCCUGAGCAAAGGGCUGCAGGUUGAGGGCUGCAAGCCGCCGGCCUGCUGACGGCACGGGGUUCUGUCCACCCAGGCGGGCCCGGUGCCUUAGCGCCCCGCCGGGGCGGGGGAGGUGCCGCGUGUCCUCCCAGCCCCUGAGUCCCUGGCGGCCGGCCUCGGCCAAAAGUCUCCACCUGGACGUGUCUGGAGAGCCUGGCGUCAAGGCUCCCCCUUGUUGCACUAAUGCAAUCCCUUCCUGGGGAGCUCUCCUGCUUACAAAACGGUUCUUUGAAAAC